AUGGAUGGCCCUCUAGUGUCCAAACAUGUUCUUCCAGCGGUCGGACCUACUAUUUCUGGUGCAGCACCACGCUACGCACCGGGUGACCAAGUGAACCUCGUAUGUGCGUCCGGACCUGCACAUCCCACGCCAUCUCUCGCCUGGUAUAUCAACGGCAGUCCGGUGAACGACUCUCAGGUAACAGAGUAUCCUCCUGAGACAGACGAAGAAGGACUGAUGACUUCCCGAUUAGGGCUGACAAUCCGGGCAGAGUACAACAGUGAAGACCCAGAAGGUGGUGAGAUGAGGUUGAAGUGCGCUUCUUCUAUGGGCUCCAUCUACUGGGCUUCAAGGGAAGCGACCCUAGGGCCUGCAACAUCCAAGCUACACACUCUCCGCCACAUUUUCAGCAGAGGAGUACGUCCUAAACUGCAGCUCACAAUGUUUCUGUCCAUCAUGAUUUUCUUAACUCUGUAA